AAACAACAUCAGUUACUGUACUUAGGCUGAUAUAGGAAUGUGCACUUUUUCUAUCUCAUGGAAGGUAGCCAGAACCUAAGGGGUAUACUCAUGGGUCAAAUGGGCCGUAACCCAAAGUUUGGCUUUAAAAAAGUAAAACCUGCCAAAAAAUAUUUUGUACUAAUAUUCCACAGUGGAUUUCUUUCUGGAGCAAGGAGAAGCAAACUACAGGAUUUAGAGCAACCUGAAGUUUCAGAAUUCCUUACCAUGGUACAGAAUUUGCCCGACAUACCAUUUGGACUCUGCACCAUCGUCGAAGUUCUUUCUCAUUAUAAUGUCACCGUGAAUACUGUCUCCCUCUUCCGCAUGGUGGAUAACAAAAGGCAAGAUUUGGAAAUCGAAGACAUCAAAGGAAUUGAUGCCAGCAAGCUGAGCCGCUUUGUCCAGAUGAAUGAACUCCGUUGGGUGACCGAGUAUAAUCCUAUGACUGCAGUAGGCCUCUUUGACAGCGCCAUUGAGAUUCACCUUCUCUUGUUCACUGACAAAUCAUCCCCAAAGCAUAUGGAGAGGAUGGACAAGUACCGUGAAGCAGCAAAACUCUUUCAAGGGAAGAUUCUUUUUAUCUUGGUGGACCCUCAUGCGGAGGGCAACGAUCGUGUUAUGUCUUAUUUUCACUUGAAGAAGUCCCAGCUGCCUGCAUUGGCUGCAUAUCAUACACCAGAUGAAGAGCAGGAUGUGUUGCCCCUGGAUGAAGUCUCUCUGGAGAGAGUGAAGGAGUUCUGUAAUGGUUUAUUGCAGAGAAAGCAAGUGGAAAAAAACCCUAAGCCAGAGAAUAAGGACGUCAGAGAGGAACUCUGAUUCCAUUCCAAGUCUACAGCAACAACAACAUCCACUGUUAUUCUUUUGUUACCCUUGCCCUUGGUGAGAAAAUAUUCAGACAGCAACUCAAUUGUUUGGAGAUCCUGAAACAACAGAAAUGAGCAAGGCCAUGUCAACCGAGUUCAAUAUUUCCCAGUCUUACCCUAUAUACUUAUACUGCCUUCCCUAUUUUCCCAUCUCCACCUUUUCAGUUUUGUUCUUCAAUGAUGCUGGCUCUGCACUGAAUUGCAGAAGGUGGGUUAUGGGCCACUGGGAUAUAGUAGCUUUAUUGAACUAGCUUCCAGGGGUUUGAAAAUACUGUUUAUUAUGUAACUGGGCAUGGGGAAGCCAUGUAACAUUUCCUGCCUUUGAUAUAUUGGGUACCUUGGGAACUAGAGUGAUGUUGCAUUAACAUUUUGUGUGCAUGUGUAUCUUUGUGUAAGCCAAUGCUCCUUUAAAGAAGCAUUAACUACCUUGCUGCAAUUAGUUUGGACAAAUGACUCACAGCCCUUCCCAUCUUUGCCAUUGCC